CCUGUCUCUCCCUAUCACCCCCGCCCCCCACCCCCCACCUCUCUCCUUUUUCUGCUCUGCGGGACUGAGCAGCCCGGCGCGAGCGAAAACAAACAGCUGGGGCUGCGAGCGCCCCCGCCCCAGCUCCGAGAGCACGCCGGCCCGGGCCCCUACUCCGGGCGCCCAGCCGCCCACCAUGAGGAAGAUCCGCGCCAAUGCCAUCGCCAUUCUGACCGUAGCCUGGAUCCUGGGCACUUUCUACUACUUAUGGCAGGACAACCGAGCCCACGCAGCAUCCUCCGGCGGCCGGGGCGCGCAGAGGGCCGGCGGGAGGCCGGAACAGCUCCGGGAGGACCGCACCAUCCCGCUCAUUGUGACAGGAACACCCUCGAAAGGCUUUGAUGAGAAGGCGUACCUGGCAGCCAAGCAGCUGAAGCCUGGAGAGGACCCCUACAGACAGCAUGCCUUCAACCAGCUGGAGAGUGACAAGCUGAGCCCUGACCGGCCCAUCCGGGACACCCGCCAUUACAGUUGCCCCUCCGUGUCCUAUUCCUCGGACUUGCCGGCCACCAGCGUCAUCAUCACCUUCCACAACGAAGCCCGCUCCACCCUCCUGCGCACGGUGAAAAGCGUCCUGAACAGAACUCCUGCCAGCCUGAUCCAGGAGAUCAUUCUAGUGGAUGACUUCAGUUCAGAUCCUGAAGACUGCCUUCUCCUGACCAGGAUCCCCAAGGUCAAAUGCCUGCGCAAUGACCGGCGGGAAGGGCUGAUCCGGUCCCGAGUUCGCGGGGCAGAUGUGGCCACAGCUGCUGUCCUCACCUUUCUGGACAGCCACUGCGAAGUGAACACCGAGUGGCUGCAGCCCAUGCUGCAGCGGGUGAAGGAGGAUCACACCCGCGUGGUGAGCCCCAUCAUUGAUGUCAUCAGUCUGGAUAAUUUCGCCUACCUUGCUGCAUCUGCUGACCUUCGGGGAGGAUUUGACUGGAGCCUGCAUUUCAAGUGGGAGCAGAUCCCUCUGGAGCAGAAGAUUGCCCGGACAGACCCCACCAAGCCCAUAAGGACGCCUGUCAUAGCUGGAGGAAUCUUCGUGAUUGACAAGUCUUGGUUUAACCACUUGGGAAAGUAUGAUGCCCAGAUGGACAUCUGGGGGGGAGAGAAUUUUGAGCUCUCCUUCCGGGUGUGGAUGUGCGGUGGGAGCUUGGAGAUCGUGCCCUGCAGCCGGGUGGGCCACGUCUUCAGGAAACGGCACCCCUACAACUUUCCUGAGGGCAACGCCCUCACCUACAUCAGGAAUACCAAGCGCACUGCAGAGGUGUGGAUGGAUGAAUACAAGCAGUAUUACUACGAGGCCCGGCCCUCGGCCAUAGGGAAGGCCUUCGGCAGUGUGGCCACGCGGAUCGAGCAGAGGAGGAAGAUGAACUGCAAGUCCUUCCGCUGGUACCUGGAUAACGUCUACCCAGAGCUCACCAUCCCCGUGAAGGAAGUGCUCCCCGGCAUCAUUAAGCAGGGGGCUAAUUGCUUAGAAUCCCAGGGCCAGGACACGGCUGGUAACUUCCUGCUCAGCAUGGGGACCUGCAGAGGGUCUGCCAAGAGCCCGCCGGCGGCUCAGGCGUGGCUGUUCAGUGACCAUCUCAUCCAGCAGCAGGGGAAGUGCCUGGCUGCCGCUUCCACCUCCAUCUCCCCCGGGUCCCUGGUCGUACUGCAGGCGUGCAACCCGAGAGAAGGCAGGCAGAGAUGGAGGAGAAAAGCCUCUUUCAUCCAGCAUUCGGUCAGCGGCCUCUGCCUGGAGGCCAAGACCACCCAGCUGGUGACCAGCAAGUGCCAGGCCGACGUCCCAGCCCAGCAGUGGCAGAUGUUGCCGCACACAUGACCGUAGCCUGGGGCCUCCUGUACCUUUUGCAUGAGACUUUGGGACCGGAAGGGGGUUAGGGUGGGGGAGUGUAAAGCGGGCCGUUUCCAUCUCCUCACAUUUCUGCCGGAAUCAUCAGCAAACACCACUGCCACGACACACGAUUCUCCAAAGCUUGUAUGGGGAGGACGCAGGGGUGAUGCCCUGCUGCCCUGGCCGCCACCCCGGCCUUGCCUGGGGAGAGGAGCAGGUCAGGAUGCUGGACUGCUACUGGGCAGAGAGUGGGCAGGAGCCCUGGCCCUUUGUUACCUCCCUCCACCCACCCCCCCCCGAGGUCUGGACAGUGGUUGGGGGCCUCCCCUUGUUGGCUGGGGAGAACAAGGGCAGCAGCCCACACGGGUCCCGCUGGGCCAGGGGUCUGCCUGUGGGAUCGGGCACGAGAGGAGAAUGUGGGCAGUGUGGACGGGGGGCAGGCUGAAGGCGGAGGAAGGGGCAGCCUGCGGGGCAGGUGGAGAACAGCAAGAGGU